GAAAGAGUCUCGUCCUAUCCUCUCAUCCUCCUCUUUGACGCCAAGCCCAUGAACGCCUUGCCCUGAUCAUGGCGCCGGGCCGAGCCGCAAGGUGGCCGGAGGACAAUCGACCCAAUCCGUCAACGUCAAGAAACAGGGGGCAGGCAGUUAUUAUGUGUCAAGUGUUUGUGUCGCCUGCACUUUGCCCGUUAUUCAUGACCCCCACUCCCACCGUUCUUUGAUUCUCUUACGGGGUAGUUCCACAUGCCCAGGGUGAUGGCACUUUUGGUCUGGGACCGAUUAUGACCGAAGAAAACCGAUGCGACCGAAUGCGAUCAAUUUCGACCAAAUGCGAUCAAUUUCGACCGCACAAGCACGUGAUCGCAUCCACUAACUACGAUACAACCCGAACAGACCCGAAACGCUCUCCUCAAAAUGGCCCGACAAUGCUCACAGAACUUGCCCGCCCAAUAAACUAUAGACAAGAAGAGGACCGAACCGAACCGAGAAUCGUUUGCAGGUGCCCGCACCGGGCACUCGACUCAAUUGGAUGCAGGAUGCGGGGAAGAAUCAGAUGCGAAUGCGGACUUACCCAGAGUAGGGAGCGCGGCAGCCAGCCAGAGAUCGAUCGAUCACAAAUAUCGAUGGGCCGGGAAGUUCUCAGAGGGAGCCAGGACGAGGUCUUUCUGUUUGCCGAACUCUGGAUCUACCGAUGCACUCGCUAAUCAUCGCGCUCCUCGCUAAUCAUCGCUGUCAGCUCGUGAAUCUUGCGAAUCUCGCCAAUCGAAGACUGGGUUAUGCACUAUGGGUCCAUCUGUGUAGCAUACUACCUCUCGAAUGAAUGUCUUGGCCAGUCA